AUGUCCAAUGGAGAUGAGCCAAGAGACUGUAUGGUAUGUGGUGACCGAGCCACAGGUUAUCACUUCCAUGCCCUGACCUGUGAGGGCUGUAAGGGUUUUUUCAGACGAACGGCCAGUAAAAGGACUGCUCCCACCUGCCCCUUCGCUGGAAACUGUGAGGUCAGCAAGGCCCAGAGGCGCCACUGCCCAGCCUGCAGGAUGCAGAAGUGUCUAAAUGCUGGCAUGAGGAAGGACAUGAUCUUGUCAGCAGAAGCCCUAGCAUUGCGGCGGGCAAAGCAGGCCCAGCAGCGGGCAGAGCAAACACGUACUGAGCUGAGUAAGGAGCAGAAGGAGCUGGUCCAGACACUCCUAAAUGCCCACACUCGCCACGUGGGGACCAUGUUUGACCAGUUCGUGAGGUUCAGUCCUCCAGCUCAUUUGUUUAUCCAUCACCAACCCUCAUCCUCCCUGGCCCCUUCGUUGCCAUUGCUCAAGCACUUUGCAGAUAUCAGCACGUUCAUGAUACAGCAAAUCAUCAAGUUCACCAAGGAUCUGCCCCCUUUCCGGUCCCUGCCCUUGGAAGACCAGAUCUCCCUUCUCAAAGGUGCAGCUAUAGAAAUCUGUCACAUUGCACUCAAUCCUACUUUCUGUCUCCAAACACAAAAUUUCCUCUGUGGACCUCUUCGCUACACAAUGGAAGAUGGACUCCAUGUGGGCUUCCAGGAAGAGUUUAUGGACUUGCUCUUUCGUUUCCAUGGAACACUGAGGCGACUGCAGCUCCAGGAGCCUGAGUAUGUGCUUAUGGCUGCUGUGGCCCUUUUCUCUCCAGACCGGCUUGGGGUUACCCAGAGAGAAAAGAUUGACCAGCUGCAAGAGGAGAUGGCAUUGACUUUGCAAAACUACAUCAAAGGCCAGCUGCCAAGACUCCGGGACAGGUUUCUGUAUGCAAAGCUACUGGGCUUACUGGCUGAACUCCGGAGUAUUAACAACGCAUAUGGGUCCCAAAUGCAGCACAUCCAGGAGCUGUCUGCCAUGAUGCCACUACUUCAGGAGAUCUACAGCUGA